AUGGGGUUAUCACUGACCAAGAAGAAGGGGCUAAUUCUCUGCCUAUGGAGCAAAUUCUGCAGAUGGUUCCAGAGACAGGAGUCAUGGGCUCAGAGCCGUGAUGAGCAAAACUUGCUGCAGCAGCAAAGGAUCUGGGAGUCUCCUCUCCUUCUGGCUGCCAAAGAGAAUGAUGUCCAUGCUCUGAACAAGCUGCUCAAGUAUGAGGCCUGUGAGGUGCAUCAGAGAGGAGCACUGGGGGAGACGGCACUGCACGUGGCAGCCCUAUAUGACAACCUGGAGGCCGCCCUGGUGCUGAUGGAGGUAGCCCCGGAGCUGGUCUUUGAGCCCAUGACAUCUGAGCUUUAUGAUGGGGAGCACCCUUUGUCCUUUGCUGCUUGUGUGGGCAACAAGGAGAUCGUGCGGCUGCUCAUUGAGUACGGAGCAGACAUCCGGGCCCGGGACUCCCUGGGAAACACAGUGCUGCACAUCCUCACCCUCCAGCCCAACAAAACCUUCGCCUGCCAGAUGUACAAUCUGCUGCUGUCCUAUGAUGGACGUGGGAGCCACCUGCAGUCCCUGGACCUCAUGCCCAAUCACCAGGGCCUCACCCCCUUCAAGCUGGCCGGAGUGGAGGGCAACACUGUGAUGUUCCAGCACCUGAUGCAGAAGCGGAAGCACAUCCAGUGGACUUACGGUCCACUGACCUCCACACUCUACGACCUCACGGAGAUUGACUCCUCAGGGGAUGAGCAGUCCCUGCUGGAGCUUAUCGUCACCACCAAGAAGCGGGAGGCUCGUCAGAUCCUGGACCAGACGCCAGUGAAAGAGCUGGUGAGCCUCAAGUGGAAGAGGUAUGGGCAGCCGUACUUCUGCGUGCUGGGUGCCAUAUACCUGCUGUACAUCGUCUGCUUCACCAUGUGCUGUGUCCACCGCCCCCUGAAGCCCAGGACCACUAACCACACCAGCCCCCGGGACAACAGCCUCUUACAGCAGAAGCUACUUCAGGAAGCCUACGUGACCCCCAAGGAUGACAUCCGGCUGGUGGGGGAGGUGGUGACUGUCAUUGGGGCUGUGAUCAUCCUGCUGGUAGAGAUUCCAGACGUCUUCAGGGUGGGGGUUGCUCGCUUCUUUGGACACACCAUCCUUGGUGGGCCAUUCCACGUCAUCAUCAUCACCUAUGCCUUCAUGGUGUUGGUGACCAUGGUGAUGCGGCUCACCAACACCAAUGGGGAGGUGGUGCCCAUGUCUUUUGCCCUGGUGCUGGGCUGGUGCAACGUCAUGUACUUUGCCCGAGGAUUCCAGAUGCUGGGCCCCUUUACCAUCAUGAUCCAGAAGAUGAUUUUUGGUGACCUGAUGCGAUUCUGCUGGCUGAUGGCUGUGGUCAUCCUGGGCUUUGCCUCAGCCUUCUAUAUCAUCUUCCAGACAGAGGACCCUGAGGAGCUGGGCCACUUCUAUGAUUACCCCAUGGCACUGUUUAGCACCUUUGAGCUGUUCCUCAUGGUCAUCGAUGCCCCUGCCAACUACAGCGUGAAUCUGCCCUUCAUGUACAGCAUCACCUAUGCUGCCUUCGCCAUCAUCGCAGGGCUGCUCAUGCUCAACCUCCUCAUUGCCAUGAUGGGUGACACGCACUGGCGGGUGGCCCACGAGAGGGAUGAGCUCUGGAGGGCCCAGGUCGUGGCCACCACGGUGAUGCUGGAGCGGAAGCUGCCCCGCUGCCUGUGGCCUCGCUCCGGGAUCUGCGGGCGCGAGUAUGGCCUGGGGGACCGCUGGUUCCUGCGGGUGGAAGACAGGCAGGAUCUCAACCGGCAGCGGAUCCAGCGCUACGCACAAGCCUUCCACAACCCGAGCUCUGACUUAGACAAAGACUCAUUGGAAAAACUGGAGCUGGGCUGCCCCUUUGGUGUCCACCAGUUCCUUCCUACACCCUCGGUUUCUCGAAGUACUUCCCGUAGCAGCACCAACUGGGAAAGGCUUCGGCAAGGGACCUUAAGGAGAGACCUUCGAGGGCUGAUCAACAGGGGUCUGGAAGAUGGGGAGGGCUGGGAAUAUCAGAUCUGAGCACUUACGCUCGCUUGGGCAUACAAGUUGCUCUCACUUUCCUGGGAGCAUCAAAAACAAAACAAGACAAACCAAAAACAACAGAAACCUAGAAGUCUAACCUCCCAGGUCCAGGAGUGCACGCUGGGAAUCACUGCUUCUGGUGGCCACUCCACCUCUAGCUCCAGGGCACAUGAAAACUGAUGCUGUGGGGCAUGCCCCACCCCAAGCACAGGGCUGCAGCUCACAUGGGGAGCCUGGCUGCUGCAAUCCCUCACCCCCUCGUGAAAGUCCCACUGCAUGUCUGAGCACUUUAAGGGCAGCCUUGCCUUCUCAGGUGCACAGUCUGCACCCCAGUGUCAUAACAGGGAAAGGAGACCCCUUACUGGGAUGCUCCAGACAGGUGUAGGGGGAGACGCUGGGCUUGCAGACAGGUGUGUGAAGGAGGGAGACAGGAACUGCUCUGGGGUGGGGUAAGGAUGGGUUGGUUCUUGCCACCUUGAACCUCCCAAUAAAGUUG